CCGAAGUGCUGGGAUUACAGGUGUGAGCCACCAUGGCUGGCCUGCCCCCUUCUCUUGAUUCUCUCCACCUGCCGUUUCCUCUGGGUCUCUAUCUUCUUCUCAGGUCUUCCCACCCCAGCCCCUUCUCUGGGUGCCUGUACUUCCUCUGGGUCUCUGAUCUGGGUCUUUCAUAGAUUUUCUUUCUCCUUUCUGUCUUUGUCUCCCUUUCUCCCAAUCUCCUUCUGGGACCUCUGUCCCUCCUCCAAAUCUGUCUUCCUCAGGGCCUCUGCCCCUCUCACCCUUGGUUUCGGGCCCCUUCGAUCCAGGGCUCUGUCCCUAUCACCUAGGUUACUGCCUCUCUGAGGUUCCUGCACCCCAGGUCUGUGUCUGAAUCUCCCUUGGACUUUGCCUUCAGUGACUGUAUGUGUAUCUGCCUCUGACUCUCCAUCAUGUGGCAGCUCGCCUAGUGCCCAAGGCUUUAGGGUUCAUCUUCCCCAUUUCUCUCAUAUGAGAUGUCCCCCCAUAACCCUGUUCCUGGCUGUCCUUUCACAUCCCGUCUCCCGGGUCGCCCCUCUCAGCUCGGUGUCCGGGCUGAAGCAGACACUGCUGGCAGAGUCUGGGGCCCUGACCAGCUACAGCCACCGGGUGUUCUCGGCCUGGGAUUUCGGCCUCUGCGGGGACGUCCACGUGCGGCUGCGCCAGCGCAUCAUCUUGUACGAAUUACAGGUGGAGCUGGAGGAGACGAUGCUGCGUCGCCAGGCUGCGGUGCGGACGCUGGGCCAGCAAGCCAGGGUUUGGUCGGUGCGGGUGCUGCUCAACCUGCUGGUGGUCGCGCUCCUGGGGGCAGCGUUCUAUGGCGUCUACUGGGCUACACAGUCCACCGUGGAGCUACAGGUGCGGAGGGUCUUUGAAAAGGAAGUCGGGGGGUCCUGGAAGCUACAAUUCCAACGGUGGAGGGAGGGGACUGAAGUCUGGGAAGCCAGAUAUCUUAGGAAGUAAGGGGGCCGGAUGCGGUGGCUCA